CCGGUUACUGAGGCAUGCGCAUUCGCAAAUCAACAAUGGCAUCUGGAGAAAGAGAGCAGAUUUUAGCUGACUUUCAAGCUUGUACACAGCUUGAUGACAUAGAAACAUGCAUUGCAAUUUUAGAUCAACAUGACUGGAAUCUUAUGCAAGCGGUUCAGAGUGUGAUGAGUCAAACUGACUCCCCCACAGGAUCAGUGCCUCAACCCAUGGAAACUGCAAUGCCUGACAGACCUCUUGGGGAUGAGUAUUUCAGUUCAGGUAUUUUAAGUGAUCCUGUACCUUGGAGAUCUGAUGCAAAUGUGAUUGAUGCAGCGACAAACUUUGACCCUGGGUCUGCUGCUGGAGCCAUGCCCGGAACAUCUGGUACUGGCCUUGGCUCUCAUAACAAGAGAAUGCUACAUUUUCAUGUUGAAUACAGGAACAGAAAUGUUGAUGUAUUUAUAGAAGAUAGUUGUACUGUUGCUCAAAUUAAAGAGCAGCUUAGCUUAGACCUUGGCAUUCCUAUCUGUAAACAGGAAUUAAAAGGAUGGGCAAACAGGAAGGUUACAGAUAAUGCUCUACUAAGAGAUUUACAUUUACCGAAAGAGAACACAUUGUUCCUGUUAACUCCAGACCUUCACCCAACAGAUGGUACAGCGGGUUCUUCAGCCAGUAUAAUUGACAACUUGAAUAGAAGUUACAACUUAAAGAUAACAUGUAAAGAGGGAAGUAGAUACAAUCAGUUCAAUCUCAACUUUCCAGGAACAAAAACAGUAGAAGAAGUGAAAAGGGAUAUAUUUAAUGUAUCAGAUAUCCCAGUAAGACAUCAAAUCUGGACUGGAUGGCCAGAGACUACUGAAGAUUCUAAAACUAUAGGUUGUAUUGGUCUGUCAUACCCCAGUCAUAUGUUAGAGCUUUCCAGAUCCAAUCUUAGUUCUACCAGUCGAAAAACGGCACAGGAAGUUGUACACGAAAUUGAGAUCAGUGAAGACGAGGAAGAAGAUGAUUUCCAGGCAAAUGUUUAUGAUGAUUCGGAACUCUUCUCACAUGAUGAUCUUCCAGGCAGCAGACGAAAACAAGAUCCAUUAAUGCCUGAAUCAGUGAAGGAUGAAACAGAGGCUUUAGAACACUUUACACGAGAAUUUAGAGAAAGAUAUGGAGAAACUCACCCAGUAUUUUAUGUUGGCUCUUUAGACAAUGCCAUUAAAGAUGCACUUGUAGUAAGUGCAAAAGAGAGGAAGUUGUUAGCAAUCUAUCUCCACCAUGACACCAGUAUUCUGGCCAAUGUGUUCUGUUCACAAAUCUUCUGUAAUGAAGGAAUAGUAAAUUAUCUAACCAACAAUUUCCUAACAUGGGCCUGGGAUAUGACCCUUUCUACAAACUCUGCAAGAUUAAUCACUAUGGCAACCAGACAUUUUGGAAGUGUAGCAGCCAAUCAAAUACGGAGUUAUAAACCUGAUAAUCUUCCUGUACUGUUAAUUAUAUCAAGGUCAAGGGCAACAAAUGAAGUUGUGGAUGUUAUAAGAGGAGAUGUAACUGUAGAUGAACUGAUGUCAAAGUUAAUACAAGAUCAGGAGGUAUUUUCACAACAACAACAGAGGGAUAUAGUAGAGGAGGCUGAACGUGAGGCUAGAGAAAGUAUCAGAACAGAGCAGGAUGCUGCAUACAAAGAAUCUUUAGAAGCAGAUAGAAAAAAGAAAGAAGCAAGGCAGGCUGAAGAAAGAAAACAACAAGAGAUAGAGAGAAGAGAGAGGAUGAAGAAGGCAGAAGAAGAAAGGAAAAAGAUGGAAGAUGAAGCAAUGAAACAGGCAAUACAAGAAUCCCUAGCGAAAAAAGUUCCUGACGAGCCACCAGAGGGUUGCACAGAAGUUACUUGUACAUUACGUAUUCGUACACCAGACCGACAGAUGUUGUUACGAAAAUUUUAUGGCUCCAACAAAUUAGAAGCUGUUGUUAACUAUAUAACGUCCCAAGGUUUUCAUAUGACAGAUUACAAAUUAUUGACAACAUUUCCACGGAGAGAUUUAUCUGACAAAUCUUUUAAAAGUCAAACUUUAGAAGCUUUAAAAUUGUGUCCACAAGAAACUUUAAUUCUUGAAGAACGUACAGACUUACAUGAUUAAAGUGCCAUGAACGGAUCUGCUCUAGUAUGUGUUACAGUGUACAAAUAUAUGUGUGUAUGUUACACAAACAUCUUCAUACAUAUAUCCCUGUGGAUUAAAUGAUUGAAAGGAAUACAUGGAUGGUGAAGUUUAAAGUGAACAUGUUUUGUGUUAACACACAGUCUUUUGACAAUAAAAUUGAAUGAAAUUCCCUCUUCCAAUUAUAUGUAUGAUUGUAAAUUCCUACCGAAGUUCAAGGCUAAGCCAGGCAGAUUUUGGUUAGUAUCAUAUACAUGAGUCUUCAUUUAUCAUGUUUUAGGUAAGGCUAUUUAUUAAGACUUGGGUCAGAAUACACAUUGUGUUGUUUUUUUUUAAUGUUUGGUAUCAAAAACAAAUGUUUCAAAUGCUUUGUGAUCAAAAUGAAUUAUUGUAAUGUCUCGGGAAAGACAGAUAUGUAAUCUAUUUCUUAUACAAUGUAUAAGAUUUGUAAAACUUGUAAUAACUUAAUUACUUAUAAUAAAAUGUAUUUAUAGUGUUUCUAUUUGUAUUUGAAAUGAGGGAUAUAAAAAAAAAAAUUUUUUUUCUUAAUUUGUUACCCUCUCCGGAAGAGAACAAAAUUCUUAAAACCUGUGUAUACUAAAGAAAUAUUGGGCGGGAACUUUUGAUUCUGGUACACUGACUGAAGGAUGAUUUUUUCUUUGUUUUGUAGUUGCAUCGCCUAUGUUUCUUAAAAUAGGCAAACUCUUGCUGUCAUUGUCCAUACUAUAAUAAAAUAUGUAUACACUUAAUCAAAUAAAAUAUCAAAUACUUGUAAAUCUUUAUAGACUUAACAAGAUUUGCAUAUUGGUGCUUCGUCUAUUACUGUAUGUACAAAAUUAAUUUAACAUCUUCAACAUGUGUUAUUGGUUGAUUCAGAUAUUUUACUUUGGUUACAGAGAUCUUAACUUUUUAAUGAGACUUUAUAACAACUUCUAUGGCUAAUUUUAGCUUUUAAACAAACAUUAGAUAAUGAUGUGAAAUUUAUUGUUAUACCCCCGCACAACAAAGUUGUAAGGGGGGUAUACUGGAAUCAGCUUGUCCGUCCGUCCGUCCGGCCCUCCGUCAGUUUUUUCUUGUCCGCCCAAUAACUUAAGAUUCCUUUGACCCUUAGUCUUCAUAUUUGGCAUGGAGGUUAGUCAUGAUUAGUAGAUGUCCCCUAUUGAUUUUGAGGUCACUAGGUCAAGGUCACAGGGGCCUUGACUUCAAAAAGCUUGUCCGCCCAAUAACUUAAGAUUCCUUUGACCCUUAGUCUUCAUAUUUGGCAUGGAGGUUAGUCAUGAUUAGUAGAUGACCCCUAUUGAUUAUCAGGUCACUAGGUCAAAGGUCAAGGUCACAGGGGCCUUGACUUCAAAAAGCUUGUCCGCCCAAUAACUUAAGAUUCCUUUGACCAACAGUCUUCAUAUUUGGCAUGGAGGUUAGUCAUGAUUAGUAGAUGACCCCUAUUGAUUUUGAGGUCACCAGGUCAAAGGUCAAGCUCACAGGGGCCUCAACUUCAAAAAGCUUGUCCGCCCAAUAACUUCAGAUUCCUUUGACCUACAGUCGUCAUAUUUGGCAUGGAGGUUAGUCAUGAUUAGUAGAUGACCCCUAUUGAUUUUGAGGUCACCAGGUCAAAGGUCAAGGUCACAGGGGCCUUGACUUCAAAAAAGCUUGUCCGCCCAGUAACUUAAGAUUCCUUUGACCCACAGUCUUCAUAUUUGGUAUGGAUGUUGAUCAUGACUAUAAGGUGACCCCAAUUGAUUAUGAGGUCACUGGGUCAAAGGUCAAGGUCACAGGGACCUUGACAUAAAAAAGGUUUUCUUCUCAAUUGCUAAAGAAUGUCCUGUCCGCAAUGUAUUGAUUUUGACAUUUUCACAUUUGAAGCAUGUAGAAUACAUAACUUAGCAAUGCACUGGCUUAGUAACCUCAGAUUUGGCAGGGAGGUUGUCCUUGAGCUCUAAAUGACCACUGUUGAUUCUGACAAAGUGGUAUGCGGGGGUAUUCACGCCAUGAUAGUGGCAGUUCUAGUUAAGUUAGUGGGGCUAUGAAUUAAAAUUUGUUCAUGAAAGGGUUAUAUAUGAUUUUUUACAGUAUUAUUUUAUAUACAUGUUAUAAAAUCUUAGUUACACAUAAUGUCAAUUAGAAUAUAAACAAACUUAUGAUUAUUUUUCAACUGUUUCUAUAACAUGUUGAGACCAGAUGAUAUAAUUCUAUUUUUAAACUUUUGUAGAAUCAAAUAAUUUGAUGACUUGAUUUAUUUGUUAACAUGGUAGAACUUUUUUUUAAUAACAGAUGUACAACAAAGUUCAUUGUGAACCAAAACUCACAUUGAAACAUGCUUUAAAUACAUGUAUUAUUAUAAAUUUAUUAAUUUCAAAGUUAAUUUGGUCAUUCAGAUUUAAAGACUUUAAAGUGUUAUUUCCACAAGGGAUGACAUGAUUUUUAAAACAUGUAUAGAUGAUACAUUACCUUCGACUUGUGUAAAAAACAAAAUUUGUAUAAGUAUAUGUAGUGUACUAGAACCUGUUUUCUAAUGUGAUAAUGUAAUUUAUAAAUUUUUGUUGUAUUAUUUUGUUUUUGCUUGAACCCCAAACUGUUAUUACUAAUUAUGUUUCUGUUCUAUAACUCCCCAUCAGCUAUAACUGUUCCACAUUAUCAAUGUCCUUAACCCCACUUCCCAUUUUGAAUUUUGCUAGAUCAUCAUUUUAGAAAUGUCAAUACAGGAGCAACAUCAUGUCAUAUAUGACCUGUCUUCAUAGUUUAUAUAUAAAUGGUGUAAACCCCUCUAAAGGAUAGGUCUUAAAUAAAUUCUGUGCAAUUUGCCAUUGGUAGUUUUCAGUAAUCUGUCCAAUACGUAAAGAUGUAUGAAUGUUCAAUCUAUUAUAAUUUAAAAACUAUUUACUAGAAUUUCAAUUAAUUUUACUAUUAUACUGAUAAUUUAUGAUUAAAUGCAACUUUUUUGUCUAAGUUUAGUAGUAUGGUGCAACAUAUGUACAACUUCAAACUCACAUAAACAGGUUUUCAAGUCUAGUACCAUUAAGUUAUUAAUAAUAAAAUUGUAUAUAGAUAUUAUGAUAAUAUUUAUUCAUUCCCAAAACAGCUUAAAUGUCCUGUGAAACACUGCCUUGCUCCUGUUAUAUGAAUAGUUAGUUAUACAUUAUACAUCUAAUUUCUAAAUGUCAUCUUGUAAAGGUAAAACCCUUGCAUGGUUUUAAGUCAACCGUGCUAGUUAUUAUAGCACAAAUAUUAUGUUUUGAUUGCAAAGAGAGAGAACAAUUGCUGAAAUAAAAUGAUACAAAAUUCA